GAGCUGUCACCUUUUUCAAGUUCAAGUUCAAGUUCCAAUCAACCAGUUACAUGAUUAUGAAAGCUUACCACAGCACAUUUGUUAAGUACAUCAUUUUAGAUGCAGUCUUGUGGAUUUUAAUAUUUUUAAAGUUUUUCUAUUUCUAUCUGACAUGUCCACACUUGGAUUGUGUAAAACUUAUGGUCAGCUUCUCAUUAAAUGUACGAAUAUCUCAAUCAUCUCCAUGGAAAAGAAUAACUCAGCUCUAAUAUAUUAAAUUUCAUAUAAUUUGUCAAGCAGUAGUAUGCUUCAGCAGUAGUUAUGGUUUGCUUCGGGGUAUAUGAUUAUGGAUGGACUUCUUUUUUCUUUUCUUUUUUCGUUUUUUUAAGUUCACCAGAUAUUGUGGUUAAGUGUUGACUCUAAUGCCUCUAAUUUGCCUAGUAUGUGGACCUGUUGAAGGCCACUCCUCAACAUAGAACUAACUAAUAAAUGAUAUUGAGUGACAUCUAGUGAACUGCUCAGCCAUUAUUUUUUGUGAAAUAUUGCCAACUUUUAUGUCAAAGGAAAUUGAUUUUUUUCUAACCACAAGUAGAGUUUUUAGAAGUUCGUUAGGCUUAAUUGUGAAUUUGAUGUAAUUGCCUGUACCUAGGUCUGACGGAAGAGAGAUGAUCGUGGAUAACAAAUUUCUCAAAGCUCACAAUCCCCUCCUGUUGAUCAAUUAUUAUGAGCAGCAUCUUCGGAGACUGUCAUGCAGGCUAACCAAUGCAAACUUUCUUAGGAUGGGUGGUGAAGGAGGUUGCUAUGUAUGGACCUAUCUCAUUUACAGAGAAGUAUCAGAUUGCCUUAGCACUGUCAUCUACACUAAACAGGCACUUUCUGUUGCAAUUUUUUCUCAACUCGUGUGGCUUCUGUUCUUGCAACCACAUAUGGGGAGCAGAGGGCCAUCACCUCUGGUUCCUUCUCUAAUGUUGGGGGCUCUUAGUCUGGUUAUCUUUGGCGGUACCAGACAGUACUUAGUGGAAUGGGUGCUGCCGCUGAUGUUUCAGUCAGGAUUGGAAGAAGCUACUGGCGUGGCUUCUUUCAUGACGUUGCUUCUUCCCAUCUCAAUGCUACUGAUGAUUCACUUGCUCACCAAAUUCUUCCCUGGGCGAAACGUUUCUUCUGCUGUAAAUCAGCAAAGCAGUAGCUCUGCUUAUGAUGCUGAGGGGUUUGGGCUAGGAUCUUUGCUUCUAGUUGUGCUUUUCUUUGUCCUGUACAAUCUUUGGUGA